AUGAGCACUCAACAGAAAUAUGGGCAGCAAUCCCAUGAAACGGCACUACAGACCACGUCUACGAGCCUAGCCUAUCCUGCACCGUCUGCAGGCUCAAACGGUCAGGAUCAGGAUGGUCACAUACUUGUACACUUUAACGGGCACUUCAACGGCCAGCUUAACGGGGCUUUCAUGGUCCCGAGUAACAUGCAGCAACAAGCGCCUACCGAGAGCGAUGCACAGAUAGCUGCACGGAGAGCCAUGGCGAAACGCAGCUCUCGGUCAUUCGCCGCGAGAAUAACACGGAACCGGUCACGGAAGAUGGAGGUCUUUCGAGCAGCAAAACCAGGCAUAACAGUCGACACUAGCUUCGCACGGCAUCGGGGCAACGUGCCGCAUCAAGUAUAUCCUCAGGAUAGCGAGAGGAGGAGGGGCGGAUCGAUCAGGAAGGAGGGCUGGUUUGGCCUGGGAAGAUCGGACACGAAGAAUAAGGGCCUUGGGAUUGUGAAGGGCAUGACACCACAGCCUGGACGUGCUUCGGAGGAUCGGGAAGGGACAAACAAGGAUCCAAAAACGGCAGACUCUCUGACGUCGGGUAGUAAGACCUGGCAAGAAAUAUCGCCAUGGGACCGACCCAUUCCCAUCGGCAUCACAGUACCUUCCGACAGUGUCACAGACUUCAGUCCGUAUCAGGCCACACGAGCACGCUCCGACAGUGAUGCCACUCUCGCGACCCCAAGCAUUAUCGUUACUCCUGCAGCAGCUAUGCAAUCCAUGUGGUCACCUGACACCGCGUCGGAUUACACAGCGUCCAGUGCAUAUUCGCGGGCAACGCACAUGCCGCCAUGGGCUUCGGAUGUACCGCCUGUCCCAUCAUUGCCUGCCAAUGUACAGAAUCUGCCUGCCCAGAAAGCAAGCUCUGAAGCGCAGCGGGACUGGAAUUUCAACUAUCCCAACAGGGCAAGGACCGACACGCUAGAAUCCGGUGAUACAGCUUUCGAAGAAGAGCAGGAUGACAUCCGAAAGGAUCGUAUCAUGUCGACGGGAACGGUUUUCGAGGAGGACGAUACGCCACUGAGAGAGAAGAAGCUGCAGACUCUGUCUGUUGAUACCACCGGCAUGGUGCCAACGCCACGCAGAUCUCAAGGUUGGUGGAACGUCAUAACGACUCCUUUUGUGAUGUCGCGGACAAACUCUGUCUGGACCCAAGGCGGGCGCAAUGCCGAGAAGACACCCGAUAUACCCAUGGUACCGGCCGAGUACGGCACGUACCGCAACUCACCUUCUCCAUCUACGUAUAUGUGGUCCGCAACCGAGAGGAGUCCAUCGACACUCGGCGAUUCUCCCAUGUACCCGGCUCAAGCAAAGUUUCUAGCCCCAAACACAGCAGAAGCAAGCGACCGUGGACAAGGCAACCGCAUCAACGUGGCCAUGGUGAACAAUGAUCAUUAUAAGAGCCCGCCAGCCACUCGCACGGUAGAUGCGCCGACCAAGAACCCAACUAUCUCUGUUCCUAAAACCAUGUCCGUAACAUCGGAGACGGCCCUACCUCUCUCUGAGCCGACUCCGAGGUUGUUGGCUGAAUCUGCAACACCUCCUCUUGCGGCGAAGUCCUCAACGCCGCCCAUCGGCACCACUGCAAACGGCGCAGUGGCAGUCGGUCUGCCACCUCAUCCUCAACCGCCGCAGCCUAUCAACGUAAACAUCGCAUUCCAUGAUGCGCGGGUGUUGGCAACCAGUCAUUCUCAUCCUACCAGCACAUCAGCCCGGACCGAACCAGGACAUGUCAUUGUUGCGCCGAUGCCCGCGUAUGCCAACAGCACCACGUCGAGAAGCAAUACACCACCACAAGUCGCGCCAGUCUUCUUCCCACCACCGCCUAACGCUACCUCGAAGGACAAGCAGUUCAGCUUCAGCAGCUUCAGCAGAGCGAGCAGCCCGGCGUCAUCAGUACAUGAAGCUAAAUUGCAAAAACCAAAGGAGCAUCGCAGGAUGAAUAAGAUCAUGUCGAAACUCGCGCUGUGCAGCCGCAAGAAGGGCGAGAAGAGAGACGAAAAGAAAAAGAAACGAUCUCGCUGGUGUCUGGGCUGUUGCUGCUGCCUCAUAUUCAUGGUCCUGCUUGCCAUCCUCAUCCCUCUGGUUGUGGUGUUCACCAGGAAGCACAACAACAACACUGCGACUCCCAUCGCGGGAACCCCCGACACAGGCUCAGAUACUCCGACCCAGUGGCUCAAUAACACUGGCUACCCUCCGAUGAAGACUGGAUCACUGACGAUCGCGCAACCAGAAGCCGUGGAGGAGGAGAGUGGCUGCGUUGCACCUACCACGCUGUGGAGCUGUGCCCUUCCUAAGGAGCAGCAGAAGGACAUCGAACCCAACAAGCCCGACCAGCCAAACUUCAAAGUCGAGAUCACAUUCCAAAACGGCACCGCAGCAGAUCUCUCAAAGCCCACCCGCCGAGCGGCAAACCCCGUCUCAGCAGGCUCUUUCAUGCGCUCUCUCUCCGCCGAGCCACGCCCUCCCCGUCCCCGCCCCACCCAGCACGGAAGACAUGAAAUUUCUCGGCCAAACUAG